UGCGGUUCUAAAAUGAGUAAAUCGCUCGUUGCAAUUCAUUUUGUGAUCGUGAUUUCUUUGUUUGUUGGGAUAUUAUGUAUUGGAGAAAAGAUUCGGUUUAUUAGUACAGAGCGUCCAACCGUGACCUAUUGCGAUCAUGAAUUUAUUGCAUACUACAACCUGACUUCACGAAGGUACGGCAGGGCAGAUCCGUUCUACUAUGUGGAUAUUAAUUUUGAAGCAAAACAAUCUUUUGGGAACAAUUUCACUGUACAUUUCUAUUUCUUCGAGUCUUGGAGUACCACCUACAGACGAACAAUGAUCGAGAUGCAUAUGAAGUUUUGUGAUUUUAUAGAGAAAGAUUUGUUCUUCGGAGCCGCCGCAAGACAAGGUAGACUGCGGGGGUCGUGCCCCUACCCUGCGGGAGCUUACCAUCUAAGCAAUAUGUCUGUACCUAUAGACCAGAUCCCGCAGUCGUUCCCGAUUAAAAGAGGAAGAAUAUAUAGCAAUUUGUCUGUAACUCUCACAGGCAGAAUCAUACUAUCGGGUUAUAUAGACAUGGAAGUUAAAACGGUUCGAAUAAAAAAAAAGAACUAAAUAUCAGUUAGAAUUUGCAUGAACUUUGAAACUGAGAAUGAAAUUAUUAAAAACCGUAGAACGUA